AUGAAGCCAGCAUCCAAAGUCUUUGAAUACUUGAAUAAAUAUAAUUACUAUCUUCCUCAAGAUUUAGAAAAUGUUUAAUAAUAGUAAAUAUCAUUUAUUUUUCUAGUUUCUAUGGUCAAAUGGUUUAACAUUUAUAAUUAGCAGAUAGCUUUAAAAAUUCUUUCAUUAGUCAAAUAGCAUAAAUUAAUCAAAAAGCAUAAAAAGAAUCAGAAUUUAGAUAAUUAAUACGUGAUACUUGGCUUGGAUUCAUUAAUAAAAUACCAAUUACUUCCAUUUGUUAAAUGUCUAACCAAUAAGAAGUUAAGGAUAUUUAAGAUUUCAUUUUGAAAGUGUUAUUGGAGCCUAAUACAUUUGAUACUGUUUAUGUCUAAGAGUUAUUAGUGAAUUAUGAAAACUAUAUUUAGUCUGUAUUAAAAUGAUUAUAAUUUAGAAUAAAGGCUUAGUUUAAGUAGUUGUAAGAAAUAGAUUUAGAAUGACAAUAAGCAAAUUGAUUUGUAGUAGAUUCAUAAAAUCAUUGGAUGAAAAAUAUUAAUAAAAUUUUCAUUAAUUUUUGUUUGAAACAUAUCUUAAAAAGAUAGAAAAAUUAGAUCAAACUAUAAUCAUUCAAACUGAAUUGUUAACUGAAUAAAAUUUCUAUUAAAAGAUGUUUGAGUUUUUAUUUGAUUAAUAAGAAGUAUAGGGAGCAUUUUUUCAUUUAAUAAAGAAUGUGAUUCAGUUGAUAGUUCGUGAUAUCAAUAUAAUAGGUUAUUCAUUAGGGAUUUUUAAAUAAUUCCAUUAACUUUAUAUAGAAAAGGAUAAGAUUUUAUUUGAAAAAUUUGAUCAUCGAUCGAAUCUAGAUUAAAAUAAAUUAGCAUCUGAAAUAUUAUAAAGAUAUAAAGAACAUGAAGAUUUAAGAGAUGCAAUAAGAUAAAUAGCUCAUAAGAUUAAUUAGACUUAAAAUUUGGAAUAUAAGAUAUUGUUGUAGGAAUUGGUUUAAAAAGAUAUUUAUAAUAGAGAGAAUGAAUAAUGGGUUUGUUAAAUUUUAAGAGAGUUUGAAUAAUAUUAAAUAUAGAGGAAUAGAAAACAACCAAAUGAAAAUGAGAUUUCAUAAUAUUUAAUUCAACUAAGAUUCGUAUUUAAAUAAGAUAGGAGAGGAGAAUAGGAAUAUGAGCAUCCUAAAUUUAAUUUAAUAGUUUAAGAUCAAAAUAAUUUUAUUUUGUAACAUAAAAUAAGUAAGCAAACAAAGAAAUUUAUGCAUUUUAAAGAGCUUUACAAUUAUUUACAAAAUAAUACCUAGAACUUUAAUAAUUGAAUAUACGUUUUUAUAAUAGAC